UUGACGUUUCUGUUUGACGUCACGCGCUGUGAAAAACUGAAGUUUGUAAACAAAUCACAAAAAUAGCUGAAAAACUACAAACUACCUCAUAGUACUUAGUGAAAAAAUACAAAUUAAACUUCUAUAAGCAAUGUUUUAAGUGUACAACGUAGUUAUUUCCUUAUAUAAAGUGUUAAACUUAAGUUUAAAUUAAAUCAAAAUGUCUGAUGUAGAAGUCGAAGUUCCUUCUACGUUUAAGAAGAGAAAUCUCAAGAACAGAGGCGGCAGGAAACGUAAAACAUCUAGUUCUGAUGAGAAAAACAGUUCAGAUUCGGACGAGCAGACCGUGGUGCUGCCUACGAAAAGACCACAGAAGAGUAACCCCAACAUACAGAGCACAGGAGGUCCCAAGAAGUCCAAGCCGGAGAUAGAUGACGCUGCAAGUGAUAGCAGUGAUGAGGAGAAACUAAAACAGCGCACCACACUGUCAGUGCAACAACAGCGAGAGAACGCCACCGCCACCUAUGAGCUGGACACGGAACACGACCGGGACGCGCAGGCCAUCUUCGAGAAGGCUCAGAAGAUCAACGAGGAGUUGCAGGGACAGGCUGAUGAUAAGGUAUACCGCGGCAUGAAUAACUACGCGCAAUAUUACAAGAAGCGGGACACGGCGGCGGGUAAUGCCAGCUCGGGACUCGUUAGGAAGGGGCCUAUUAGGGCACCUGCUAAUUUGAGGGCUACUGUCAGAUGGGACUACCAACCAGAUAUUUGUAAGGAUUACAAGGAGACUGGCUUCUGCGGUUUUGGAGACUCGUGCAAGUUCCUCCACGACCGCUCGGACUACAAGCACGGCUGGCAGCUGGAGCGCGAGGAGACGGAGGGCGCGGCGCCGGCCGGAGACUCCGACUAUGAAGUAGACAGCGAUGAUGAACUGCCUUUCCGCUGCUUCAUAUGCAGGAACAGCUUUACUGAUCCUGUUGUCACUAAAUGCAAACAUUACUUCUGCGAGAAAUGCGCUUUGGAGAACUAUAAGAAAACGACGCGAUGUUUCAUAUGUAACGCGCAGACGAGCGGUAUGUUCAACCCGGCUAAAGAAUUGGAGGCUAAGCUGCAACGGAGACAGAGUGACGAUGAGGGUCCUGAUAAUGAGGAUGAUGAUGACGAUUGAUUAAUAAAUAUGGUUGAAAUUAAA